AUGUCUUUGCCCUUAAAACCAUGGCUUUGGAAAAUCAUUCUAGAGGUGCUCUUCACUUGCGGCAUCGUCUACGCUUUUAUAUUCGGAUUCAAGUUACGGGGAAGACAACACGUGCCCAGCAGUACGUUCAAACCUCAACUUUCUGAUAGCGAUGUUGAUACAUUAUUGAGAACUCUUGAAAUGUUCGACAAAUUAAUGACUGAGAAUAAUAUAACUUACAUACUGGAAGGUGGUACUCUGAUUGGUUCUUUCCGGCACCAUGGUCCAAUUCCCUGGGAUGACGACGUUGAUGUCAUGGUCAAUGCCUCUGAUAGGUCACGCUUGGCUGAACUGUUACCGCAGAUGAGACCCGAUUUUGACCUUUUCACGCCAGUCAACUAUGCCUGGAAGUUUUACGACGCAAAAUCAAAACAUUUACCUUACAAACCAUUCAGAUGGCCUUAUGUUGACAUAUUUUUCUGGGGUAAUAACGAAACGCAUAUGUAUCACGAAAUUUCCGUGCGACGUCCUCAAUUCACGGCACCAACUUCCAAGAUCUUACCACCUGUACGACGGAAGUUUGCGUACCUGUCUCUACCUGUGCCCUGUAACCUGAAUAUAGGAUUACAUUCUGUACAUUUGGAUAUGUGUGAAUCUCCAAGAUAUUCUCACAAAGCAGAGAAGUAUUUACCGCUCCAAAAGCAUACCGUUGUUCCGUGCUCGGAGCUUGGACAAAGGUACGGGUUUGUGAAGCAUGCACAGAUGACAGACGGGCGAUGGAACGAGAGCAUGGUUUAUCGUGGAAUGGUGUUGUACUCGGUCAUUACUCCGAAAUAUUGCUGA